AUGUCACAGGCUCUCCAAUCGAUCCGUGAAGCUGCCGUCGAUGGCCGCGCAAAGAACAUCAUAUGGCGCCAAGUUCAGCUUGAGAACCUCCAACUUGCCUUGAUCGACAGUGCCGCUACAAUUCAGGCUGCGAUACAGCAAGAUAGCGCAUGUACUGCCACAGAAGCCGCCAUUGAAUACUUCCUAACACUGAAGUGUUUGAAUGAGAACUAUGAGUCACUGGAUGUCCAGCAAGCUCUAAAAGAUGAGUAUGCAAUUACACGAGGGCAGAACGCUGAAUGUUUUAAAGAUCCCGUGGGAGUAGUAUAUAUUGUUCCCACCACGUAUAACUACUUCUAUUCCGUUGUUAGUGCUACUGGUGCCGCAGUGACCGCUGGGAACUGCGUCGUUAUCGAGCUUCAAGAAACUCUUAGACAAAGAAGGGUCUCUGAAUUACUACGAGAACUUUUGAAAUUAGCUCUCGAUCACACUGUGAUCGAGUUCACCUCAACUCGUGCCAGCGAUGAAGACCUCUCACCAAACCAUAUCCGCCUCUUCCAGGAGAUACCGGAUACUGAAACUAGAACUUCAUUCUCAAAGAGCCUCUUCCCAUUAUUAUCAUUCACCCGGACGGCCGCCAUCGUCGACCGCACUGCCGAUUUGACCAGCGCAGCAGAAGCAAUUGCCACAGCUCGGUUCGCCUAUGGAGGUAACUCACCAUAUGCGCCAGACUUUGUGCUGGUAAACGAGUUUGUAAAGGGUCCAUUCCUUCGCGCGCUUAUGCAAGCUAGUAUGGACCAAUUAUCACUUCGGAUGAAAAUUGAUGAGAAAUUUCCUUCGUCACGGAAUAUCCACCAAACGGCAAGCCUGAUUGCGUCUGAGAUUCAGAGUAAACGAGCCAUUAAUAUCUCGAGUAUUGGAGAAGGAAUCUUGGUGGAUGUGAAUAGCAGAGAGUCACAAUUACUUCGGAGCAAAAUCCGCGGGCACAACAUUUUGCUGCACAAUGUUCGGUCAUUGGAUGAUGCCAUUGACCUUGCAAGCCAGAAUGGGGAGCUACUAGCUACAUACACAUUUGCAGACCCGGCCUCAGGGAAGUACGUCUCCCAGUUCAUCCCUUCGCGAGUAUCCUUUGUCAAUCAGAUCCCAUUUGAAAUCUUAGUCGGACCUCCAUCGCCAGAAACAUCAUCCCUCACCUCUUCCUUCCACGUCCGCUAUACAACAGAUCUCUUCUCCAUCCCUCGACCGCAAUACAUCCUCAAAACACCUCUAUCUCAACAAAUUCAACAGUGUCUGUCUGUUGAGGAUAACAGAAGUACAGCUGCAUGGCAGAGUGCAUUGAUAUCCCAACUCUCAAAACAAAUCACCGCUACAAGACAGAAGCGUCGCCCAGGCGGACAAUUGGGUUUCUUCGAGCAGGGUAUCUUGCUCGGGUUGGGGAUGACUGGUGUGCCAAUCUUAUUGUGUGUUGGCACUUUGGCUUAUUAUGGGUUAGGGUUUGUGUGGAGGAAUUUCAGGUUGCACUGAAGUGCAGUACAACAAGUAGACUGUCAUGUUCAAGUAAUAAUACUUUAACCACGCAGGAAGUAGUUUGUCAGAAAGUGCCACAGAUAUUGUAUGUAGUACCCGCAAGUUUACUUGUAUUAUA